CUGAUUCUACAGAUAUACAUAAUAGGUAGUCGAUCUGGAGGUGUUCGUCCAGCUAAAGGAAAGAUGGGGAAGCCGGAAGCGUUGGCUGCAGUGCUAGUAGCUCUUGCCUCGGUUCUUGGCCUCGUGUCCGGCGGCAACUUCUUGGAGGAAUGCGACGCUACGUGGGAGCCCCAGAACUGCUGGACCUACGACGGCGGCAACAGCCUCUCCCUCGCCCUCGUCAGCAACUCCUCAGGCUCGAUGAUCCGGUCCAAGCGGCAGUUUAUAUACGGGACGGUGUCGACCAUGAUCCAGCUCGUUAAGGGCGACUCCGCUGGCACCGUCACGACGUACUACACAUCCUCGGUGGGGGACGACCACGACGAGAUCGACUUCGAGUUCCUGGGGAACGAGACGGGGCAGCCCUACACGCUGCACACCAACGUCUACGCCGCCGGCGUCGGCGGCAAGGAGAUGCAGUUCCGCCCCUGGUUCGACCCCACCGACGGCUACCACAACUACACCAUCUCCUGGACGCCCUGCAUGCUCGUCUGGUACGUCGACGGGACGCCCAUCAGGGCGUUCCGCAACUACGAGCACGCCCACGGCGUGGCGUUCCCGACGAGCCGCCCCAUGUACGCCUACUCCAGCAUCUGGGCGGCCGAGGACUGGGCCACGCAGGGCGGCCGCGUCAGGGCCGACUGGAGUCGCGCGCCCUUCGUCGCCAGCUACCGCGGCAUUGAUCUUGAUGUUUGCGAGUGCUACGGCGGCGACUGCGUCUACACCUGCGCCGGGGCGUUCGGGGCCUGCGGCGGGCUCACCGGCGACCAGCGGGGGAGGAUGCGGUGGGUGCAGGACAAUUACAGAAUCUACGACUACUGCGCGGAUCAGGAGGCCGGCAAGGUACCCGGCGUCGAGUGCACCCUGCCGCAGUACUGAUGAAGAGCAUUCAUUCAUUGUCCAUCAUGUCAACCACAUUCGUUUUUGCACUUUCCACAAACUACAUUUGGCUUUCUUUUUCUACUCCGUUUCAAAAUUUCUCAGUGGGUGUUAUAUUCGUGAGAUCAUACAUUGAGAUCCGUGUAAAAUUUUCUUUUUAGAUUUUCCUUUUU